CCAUGCGGGUACGGGGGAAAAGGCGAUAUUGGCGUCCACUACCGAGUAUACGAUGCCGAAGAGGUGCCAUUCGAGGAUGACGACGCGCUGCGGGAUUGGAUGUACGCGCGCUACAAGGAGAAGGACGAUAUGCUCGGCCGCUACUACGAGACUGGCGAGUUUUUCCACGGGGAAACCGGGCAGCGCGUCGUCUUCUCCUGGUCCAAGAUUAUUCUCCAGUACAUCUUUUG